AGAAGGGGAGGGGGAGAGCAGUGUGUCUAAUGUCCCCAAAUGGAUCAGAAAUCAGGGAAAGGAGGCGCGCCGAACUUCAGCAAAUAAACCAGGGCUCAUGCUUGGAUCUGUACGAAAAGGACUGCCGCCUAGGGUGUCGCGCGGGGUCUCAGGCUGGGAGACAGUGCUUCUGAUCUCGCGGGAGCGAGAGGGUCGCGGCGGGGAUGGGGGAAGGGCGCACGCUCGCAGGCUCCCUCCGAACGCCCUUUCCCCCCCCCGCCCUAGGGUCUUCUCCCCUCGGGAUUCCGAGUCCUGGGCCCGGUAGGGCCCAACUCGCCGCGGGGGGUGAAGGGGGCGCGGACGUCGCGACCUAGGUUAGGGACGGACGUCUCCCGGGCAACGGGCUCCGCACAAGAUGGCGGACGAUAAAGAAAAGGAAGGCAAAGAGCUGGAAGUAGCAGAAUUGCACAGAAGAAUCAAAGAGGCUUUUGAAGUGUUUGAUCAUGAGGCGAACAAUACAGUGGAUGUGAGGGAGAUCGGAACUAUUGUCCGGUCGUUGGGAUGCUGCCCCAGCGAGGGAGAGCUGCACGAGCUGAUCGCGGAGGUAGAGGAAGAAGAACCCACUGGAUAUAUUCGAUAUGAGAAAUUUCUUCCAGUGAUGACUAAUGUACUGUUGGAAAAAAGAUACAGACCAAUUUCAGAAGAUACCCUUCUUCAAGCUUUUGAGGUAUUAGAUCCAGCCAAACGGGGGUAUCUUUCUAAGGAAGAACUGGUCAAGUAUAUGACUGAAGAAGGUGAGCCCUUUUCCGAGGAGGAGAUGGAGGAAAUGCUGUCCGCUGCAGUUCACCCGGAGUCGAACUCCAUUUAUUACAAGGACUACCUAGCCAUGAUGGUGGUGGAUGAAAACUGAACACUGCGGGGACUUAGUUCCUAACAGAAAGGGUCGUUUUGAACAUUGCUUGUCCUUGUUAACUUCACAUUUUACCUUCCAGUUCCUCCAUAUGCUAAUUAAUGCCUCAUGACAACCAUUUCAAGAUGUUUUGUUUUUUAGAAGAUGAUCAUAACAAUUUAAAGCAACUUUCUUUGAUAUGUCUUGCCUUGUGGAAGGACAAAUUACUAAUUAUUUUAAAGCUGUUCUUAGUACAUUUUAACAUUAUCGAUGGAUUUUUAAUUUACUAUAAUAAAACUUAGGUUACCUUCAAAUUAAUUAAGCUGACAAAAUGAAAAAUGACUAGAAUGACCCCAGGCCUGGCAUAGAAAGAUCUCAGGAGAGAGCAGAAUGACCGCAGAUGGAAAAGGAACAGCAGUGUGAUGAAAGCUUCUUUUUAAAGCAACCUCAGCUCCGGGCGGGUCACUCAUGUGCUUAGAGCAUCGUCCCAAGGAGCCAAGGUUGCAGGUUCUAUCCCCGGUCAGGGCAUGUGCAGGAAGCACCAGUGAGUGCACAGAUAAGUGGAACUCCAGAUCGAUGUUUCUCUCUCUCUCUCUGAAGUCAAUAAAUAAAAAUAUAAAAGUAUUAUUUAGAAGUAUUAUUUGAGAAAUAAAG